AUGAAGUCUCGUCUCCCAAUUCCGAUUCUCCUAUUAGCCACAUUAUUUGUACAUUUUGGAAAUUGUGAGGCACCGGAACCGACUGGCGACAAUGUGUGCACAGUCAAGACUAUCGUUGACGACUAUGAUUUGAAGAAGGUUGUUCACGACGUUGUGUACAAGGAAACCGAGCAAUGUCUCAAUCCGCUCACCGGAUUCCAAUGCGAAGUCGAAAAGAAAGGCAAGAAGGCGACGUAUCAACGAGUGCUGGUGAAAAAGGAGAAGUACGUGAAGAAAUGCUGCACCGGCUACUAUCAAACCAAGGAAAACACCUGCCAACCCGACUGUAAUCCGGUAUGCAAGAAAGGACGUUGUGUGGCCCCGAAUACUUGUGAAUGUGAUGCCGGAUUUGGCGGAAAAACAUGCGCUACUUCCUGUUCGAUUGGUGGCUGGGGUAUUGGAUGCGCGAAAAAAUGCGAUUGUGAGAAUGGUGCGAACUGCGAUCCGGAAACCGGCGAAUGCCAAUGUCUCAGUGGCUACCGCGGCAAACGGUGCGAAGAAACGUGCCCGGAUGAUAAAUGGGGACCGAAUUGCAAAAACACGUGCGCUUGCCAGAACGGCGGCAAAUGUAAUAGCGAGGGGCAUUGCGUGUGUCCCGAUGGAUUCUCGGGCGAGUUUUGCCUGAACAAAUGCGCCGAAGGAACAUUCGGAACUGAUUGCAAAUUUGAAUGCAAUUGUCAGAAUGGCGCCACGUGCGAUCACGUCAAUGGAAAAUGCCUCUGCAAAUCGGGAUUCUCCGGCCCAGUGUGUGAAGAUCGAUGUGCUGAAGGAUUCUUCGGACCAGGAUGUACGGAAAAAUGCAAAUGUUUGAACCAUCAGGAUUGUGAUAGUGAGACUGGAGAGUGCAGAUGUGUCGGAUGGACUGGAAAACAAUGUGAUGUUGGAUGUCCGAAGGGCAAAUUCGGACUGCAAUGCUCUCAAAAAUGCAAUUGCCCGGGCCUUGAGUUCGGUGAUUCGAAUGCUUCGUGUGAUGCAAUCACCGGAAAAUGCGAAUGCGAGAAAGGCUAUAAAGGAGACAAUUGCGAUAUUCGCGUUUGUGCUGAGGACAUGUACGGAGCCAACUGCGCCAAAACGUGCAGCUGUGUGAUGAGCAACACGCUGAUGUGCGCUCCGAACACUGGAUUCUGCCGAUGCAAGCCAGGAUUCUAUGGCGAUAAUUGCGAAUUGACGUGCUCUAAGGAUACAUAUGGGCCAAACUGCGACAAACAAUGCAAGUGUGAUUGGGAUUAUGCCAGCGAGUGCGAUCCAACCGAUGGGUCAUGCGUUUGCAAGCCGGGAUUCACCGGCCCCGAUUGCAAACAAAACUGCAGUCAAGGUUACUUCGGCGUCGGCUGUUCUUCGAAAUGCGAAUGCGCUCCUGGAUCGACGUGCAAUCCAAUCGAUGGAACAUGCAAAUGCAAGCCGGGAUUCAGCGGAGCACUCUGCGAAUUCCCAUGCCCGGCGGGCACUUACGGAGAAUCGUGCUCAGCUUGCCAAUGUCGAAAUGGCGCCGGAUGCGAUCCGGUCACCGGAAUGUGCUUCUGUCCGUCGGGAUGGACUGGAUCUCGAUGUGAAUCCGAAUGCCCGCGAGGAAUGUAUGGUCCUGACUGCAAACAGCACUGUCGUUGUGAGAAUGGCAACUGCGACCGAGUGACCGGAAAAUGCGAAUGCGACAAAGGAUUCAAAGGCGAAUAUUGUUCGACUUCCUGCGAAGCUGGAUAUUACGGUGAAUCAUGCGAACUUUCCUGCGAUUGUGGAGGCGGCUGGUGUCACAAACAGACGGGAAAAUGUCUCUGCGCUCCUGGCAAAUCUGGAGUUCGAUGCGACAUCCCUUGUGCCAAUGGAACGUUUGGAUUCGAUUGCGCUGAACGUUGUGUUACGUGUCUGACAUCGUCUCAAGAUGCUUGCGACGCGAGUAAUGGAAUUUGUCAGAAAUGCCGACCAGGACGUACUGGAAUUGCCUGCGAACAAACAUGUGCCAGUGGAAAAUGGGGAGACGGAUGUGCCAAUGAUUGCAAGUGUGCCGAUGGACACAAAUGCCAUCCGGAAACUGGAAUAUGCGAUUGUGAACCAGGAUACAGGGGACCAAAUUGUGAAGAGAAGUGUGAAGAUGGAAAAUGGGGAUUCGGAUGCAAAAAUGAGUGCCCGAAGUGCGCCAAUGGCGGAAAGUGCAACAAACUCGAUGGAACGUGCAUAUGCCCAUCCGGGUUCGAAGGACUUCUAUGCACAAGACAAUGUCCGUCCGGCUUCUGGGGUUUGAAAUGCGAGAAGACUUGCAAAUGCGCAUCUGAAUACAAGCAAUGCAACCCGCAAACCGGCGAAUGUUCGUGUCCAGCUGGAUUCCAGGGAGAUCGCUGCGAACAGGCUUGCGAUGAUGGAUUCUAUGGUCCGGAUUGCAUCAAGAAGUGCAAGUGCCGCGGAACGGCGACCUCAUCGUGCAAUCGUGUUACCGGAGCGUGUCAAUGUCACGCCGGAUUCACUGGCGAGUUCUGUCAUGCCUUAUGCCCCGAAGGAACAUUUGGAUUGAAAUGUAAAAAUGAGUGUCCGAAGGAUUGUGGUGACGGAUACGAGUGUGACGCGGCUAUUGGAUGCUGUCAUAUCGAUCAACUGAGCUGCGGAAAAGCUAAACAAGAAUUCGAAGCCCUUAAUGGUGGACCAUCUGGCAGCGGUGGAAAAUGGUUCAUAAUCCUAUUCUCGUUGGCGGUUUGUGUCGUUCUCGCCGUUCUCGUAUUGUUCUACAGGAACAAGUAUCAGAAAGAGAAGGAUCCAACACUUCCGACUGUUGUAUUCCAUAACCAUGACGACAAAGAUGGGGGAACUGCCAUCAAAAAUCCAUUGGCUGAUCGCCAAAGUGUUCCAGAUUUCGACGGACACAAUCACGAUGGGCUCUUGACUCUCGAAGAAGAGGAAUUGGAGAAUGUGAAGAUUCGCGGUGGAAAGCCUUCGGAAAGCAAUCAUUAUGGAUAUGCAACACUUGACGAGAUCAACGGCGGCGCUGGACCAUCAUCUUCAGGUGCAGAGCGAACACCGCUUCUGGCGGGGAAUGAAGCACCACCGCAAGCUUCGCAAGACGGUUGA